AUGGAAAAAUCAAGCUCUAUGUUGUCAUACUUUCUCUUGGGCUUUAUAGUUACUUUGGCCAUUGGUCUAUUAUGUGAAGCCAUUGAUGAAGAAAGAAAGGUAUAUAUCGUUUAUAUGGGAAGACUUUCCGAAAAUAAACAAUACUCACCCAAUUCUCACCAUAUUAGCAUGCUUCAAUCUUUAGGCCACGACAAUAUGUAUGUUGGGACAUUGAUUAGAAGUUAUACAAGAAGUUUUAAUGGUUUUGUUGCCAAUCUUACAUCAGAAGAAGCAAUCAAGUUGGAAAGCAUGGAUGAUGUUGUAUCCGUCUUUGAAAGCCUUGAAUACUAUACUCAAACGACAAGAUCUUGGGACUUCAUAGGUUUCCCCACAAACGUUCCUCGAAAUCCACGAGUCGAGAGUGAUAUCAUAAUAGGCUCUAUAGAUACCGGUGUAGUACCAGAGUUUCCGUGUUUUUCUGACCAAGGUUUAGACGUUGUUCCAAAGAAAUGGAAAGGUGCUUGUAGAGGUGGCAAAAAUUUCACUUGCAACAAGAAGUUGAUUGGAGCUAGGUACUACGGAAUUGAGGACGCGAGGGAUAUUGAUGGUCAUGGAACACACACGGCCUCGACAGCAGCCGGAAGAGAAGUUCCAAACACUAGUUUUUUCGGUAUAGCAAAUGGAACGGCUAGAGGAGCUGUACCAGGAGCUAGAAUAGCGGCGUACAAAGUAUGUCAAGCCGGGAAGUGUAGUAAUGAAAAUAUCUUGGCCGCAUUCGAUGAUGCCAUUUCAGAUGGUGUCGACAUCAUAACUAUUUCAUUAGGAAGAAAUGAAAUCGUACCCGUGGGUAAAGAUGUUUUUGCCAUCGGCUCCUUUCAUGCAAUGGAGAAGGGCAUUUUAACUGUACACGCUGCGGGAAAUACAGGAAAACAAGGGUUAGGAUCAGUGAUAAGCAUUGCACCGUGGUUGUUCAGCGUGGCUGCUAGUAGUGUAGAUAGAAAGAUCAUCAACAAACUUGUCCUUGGAAAUCAUCGCACUUUCAUCAACAAAAACAUAAGUUUAGUGCAUGGAGGAGCAACCCCUUUCAAGUGUAAUGAAUUUAGUGCGAGGAAAUGCAUUAAAGGCUGUGUAGAUCCUCAGAUGGUUAAGGGAAAGAUUGUAGUAUGUGAUACCAACGAUGAGUCAGGUGCUAUCGAAGUUGUGACCGACGCAGGAGCAGCCGGGUUCAUUGUUUCAAAGGCCACGGAAAAGGAUCUUGCAUUCAAUGUACCUUUGCCAGCCUCCGUUCUGACUGACUCUGAUCUUCAAAGUGUUCUAUCUUACAUCAAUUCCACAAGCUUGCCAACUGCAUUCAUACAAAAAAGUGAGAUUGUUCCUAAAGAUAAUGUUCACGCAGUAGCUAGUUUUUCUGCGAGAGGUCCCAAUCAAUUUUUUCCAGAAAUUUUCAAGCCUGAUAUAACCGCACCUGGUAUAAAUAUUCUAGCAGCAUAUUCUCCUCACGGUCAAGUUUCAGACUACACUGACAACGACAAAAGAAGUUCCAACACCAGAAUCUUAUCGGGAACUUCUAUGGCAUGUCCUCAUGUCGCUGGCGCGGCUGCUUAUGUGAAAUCAAUGCAUCCUGAUUGGUCUGUGUCUGCUAUUAAAUCUGCUCUUAUGACCACGGCUUACCCAAUGAAUGCACCAUAUAAUGUUGAUGCUGAAUUUGGCUAUGGAGCUGGUCAAGUUAAUCCCUUAAGGGCCACAACUCCUGGACUUGUGUACGAAACAUUCCUAGAUGAUUAUAUCACCAUGUUUUGCAAUUUAGGAAAGAUAGGAGAGAGAUUGAGAAGAAUACUUGGAACACAAAAGAUUUGUCCAAAAGGAAACAAAACAUCUCCAAAGGAUCUCAAUUAUCCAUCCAUGACGGCCCCAAUACCCGAAUCCUCAACUUUCAACAUUCAGUUCCCAAGAGUAGUAACAAAUGUAGGACAUCCUAACUCCACAUAUCAUUCAAAUAUCACUAGUGGGAAUAGUGCAAUUCAUGUCAAAGUGGAGCCAAGUAUUCUCUCUUUUAAAAAUUUGAAGGAGACAAAAUCUUUUGUCGUUACAGUUAGUGGACAAUGGUUGAAACAAGACCAUAUUUCUUGCUCCUUGGUAUGGUAUGAUGGAGCUCAUAAAGUCAAAAGUCCCAUUAUCUUAUAUAGAGAUUCAUUGUUUGAUUAA